GGAAGAACGGAAACCGGCCGCCCGAGGGCGGCGGGGGCGGGAGUUGUUGCCCCGGACAACGGAAGUGAGGUCAGCGCGCUCUCCUAUUUAGCGGGAGAUUCGGAGUGGGCUAGCGGCUGUUAAGCGGAAGUGCCCGUCGAGAACCCUGCGGAGCGCUGCUUUUUGGGGUCCUGCUUCACAGCGGGUGCGGAGCCCGUUCCAUGAGAUGAGCUACAAUGGACCAAAAAAUUCUCUCUCUAGCAACAGAAAAAACAGCAGAGAAACUGCAAGAAUUUCUACAAUGCCUGAAAGAUGAUGAGCUGACUGGUCUCCUUCAGAAGCAUGCAGUAAAAGGAAAAUCACCUGGAGCACUUCUGAAAGGCAUCUUCAAGGGUUCUCCAUGUUCUGAGGAGGCUGGAUCCCUUAGGAGACUCAAAGUAUACAAAUAUUGUAUCCAGUUGGUGGAAUCAGGAGAUCUGCAUAGAGAAGUAGCAUCUGAGAUCACAGGGCUACUGAUGCUUGAGGCUCACAGUUUGCCUGGCUCCUCCUUGGUUGAGUUAGCCAAUGGAUUUGUUGAUGUUGUCAGGGAAGGCAGCUUGGUGAAUGGGAAGUCUCUGGAGUUACUACCCAUUAUCCUUACUGCCCUAGCUACCAAAAAGGAAAACCUGGCUUAUGGAAAAGGUGAGCUGAAUGGCGAAGAAUAUAAGAAGCAGCUGAUUAACACACUGUGUUCUAGCCGAUGGGACCAGCAGUUUGUAAUCCAACUUACAUCUAUGUUCAGGGAUGUCCCUCUAAGCAUAGAGGAGUUGGAGUUUGUGGUAGAAAAGGUCCUGAGGCUGCUCUCCAAAUUGGACCUCCAAGAGAUACCUCCUUUGGUCUACCAGCUUCUGUUGCUUUCUUCUAAGGGAAGUAGGACAAAAGUUCUGGAAGGAAUUAUAGCCUUCUUCAGUCAGAUGGAUAAAUCACACAAUGAGGAGCAGUGUGGUGAUGACUUGUUGGACCUUGUCACAGUGCCAUCUGGUGAACUGCGUCACGUGGAAGGCACCAUUAUCCUGCACAUUGUGUUUGCCAUCAAGUUGGACCGGGACCUAGGUAGAGAGCUCAUGAAACACUUAAAGGCUGGGCAGCAAGGAGAUGCCAACAAAACUAUAUGUCCCUUCAGCAUUGCACUCCUACUCUCAGUAGCAAGAAUACAGAGAUUUGAGGAACAGGUAUUUGACCUUCUGAAAACAUCAAUUCUCAAAAGCUUCAGGGACCUCCAGCUUCUCCACACUUCAAAGUUUCUGCAGAACCUUGUCCCUCAAAAAUCAUGUAUCUCCACCAUGAUCUUAGAAGUGGUUAAGAAUAGUGUUCACAGCUGGGAUCAUGUCACUCAGGGCCUGGUAGAACUUGGUUUCAUUCUGAUGGAUUCAUAUGGACCAAAGAAGAUACUUGGAGGAAAAACUACUGAAGCCAGUUUAGUUCCUUCCAAAACGCCAUCUCAACAAGCAUGCAGACUGGGAGCUAAUAUUCUCUUGGAAACUUUUAAGAUCCAUGAGAUGAUCAGAAAAGAAAUUGUCGAACAGGUCCUCAACAGGGUUGUUUCCAAGGCAUCCUCUCCCAUCAGUCAUUUCUUAGAUCUGCUAUCGAAUAUCAUCAUAUAUGCACCUUUGGUUCUUCAGAGUUGUUCUUCAAAAGUCACUGAAGCCUUUGACUAUUUGUCCUUUCUGCCUCUUCACACUGUACAAGGACUGCUCAAAGCAGUGCAGCCUCUUUUAAAAGUCAGCAUGUCAAUGAGAGAUUCCCUUAUACUUGUUCUCCGAAAAGCCAUGUUUGCCAAUCACCUUGAUGCACGAAAAUCUGCUGUUGCUGGGUUUUUGCUCUUAUUGAAGAAUUUUAAGAUUCUGGGCAGUUUGUCUUCAUCUCAGUGCAGUCAGAGUAUUGGUGCCACUCAGGUCCAAGUGGAUGUUCAUAGUCGUUACAACUCUGUUGCCAAUGAGGCUUUUUGUCUUGAGAUUUUAGAUAGCCUUAGGAGAUGCUUAGGUCAACAGGCUGAUGUGCGUCUCAUGCUUUAUGAGGGUUUUUAUGAUGUCCUUCGAAGGAACUCUCAAUUGGCUAAUUCAAUAAUGCACACUCUUCUUAUUCAGUUAAAACAGUAUUAUGAACCAAAACAUGACCUGCUACCUCCACUGAAACUAGAAGCAUGUAUUCUGGCCCAGGGAGAUCAGAUUUUUCUUCAGGAACCUCUGGCUCACCUGUUGUGCUGUAUCCAGCAUUGUUUGGCAUGGUACAGGAAUAAAGUAAUGCCCGAAGAGGAAGAGGAGGAAGAAGGAUUCCAGCAAGACUUAGAAGAUAUGUUGGAGUCAAUUACCAUUCGUAUGAUCAAGAGUGAGCUAGAGGACUUUGAGUUGGAUAAAUCAGCAGAUUUCUCUCAGGCCACUAGUGUUGGCAUCAAGAAUAAUAUCUAUGCUCUCCUAGUGAUAGGAGUGUGUGAGGUCCUGAUUGAAUAUAAUUUCACUAUAGGCAAUUUCAGUAAAAAUAAGUUUGAAGAGGUACUGAGCCUAUUUAAGUGUUACAACAGACUUUCUGAUAUCCUCAAGGAGAAAGCUGGGAAAGGCAAGUCUACAAUGGUUAACAAAACAGUUCGUAGUUUCCUGUCUAUGAAAUUUGUGUCUGCUCUGCUUGUGGCUCUAUUCAGAGAUAGUUCCCAAAGCCACGAAGAAAGUUUAUCUGUCCUGCGGUCCAGCAAUGAGUUUAUGCGAUAUGCUGUGAAUGUUGCCCUCCAGAAGGUACAGCAGCUGGAGGAGACAGGACAAGUGGAUGGUCCAGAUGGGCAGAAUCUAGAUAGGAUUUUCCAGAAUCUCUGUGAAAUCACUCGGGUCUUGCUGUGGAGAUAUACUUCCAUUCCCACUUCUGUGGAGGAGUCAGGAAAGAAGGAGAAGGGCAAGACCAUCUCUCUCCUGUGCUUAGAGGGCUUGCAGAGGAUCUUCCACACAGUACAACAGUUCUUUCCUUCCAAGAUCCAUCAGUUCCUUAGGGCUCUUGAUAUCACCAAUGAAGAUGAAGAAGAGGAAGAUGUUAAUAUCACCCAGAGAGCAACUUUCCAGAUCAGGCAGUUUCAGAGAUCGCUAGUGAAUUUGCUCAGCUGCCAAGAUGAUGAUUUCAAUGGCAAGGAGGCUCUCCUAUUAGUGACUAUUCUUUCUAGUUUAUCCAAAUUACUGGAUCCCUCCUCACCUCAGCUUAUGCAGAUGCUCUCCUGGACAGUCAAGAUGUGCAAGGAAAACAGUUUAGAGGAUGCCUCAUUUUGCAAGGGCCUGAUGAAUCUUCUCUUCAGCCUCCAUGUUCUGUGCAAGAGUCCUGUUAGCGUACUCCGUGACCUGUCCCAAGAUAUCCAUGGACAGCUUGGAGAUCUAGAUCAGGAUAUAGAGGUAGAAAAACCAAACCACUUUGCAAUGGUGAAUCUAAAAACAGCAGCUCCCACUGUUUGUUUACAAGUUCUCAGUCAGGCUGAAAAGGUUUUAGAAGAAGUAGACUGGCUGAUUACCAAACUUAAGGGUCAUCUUGGCCAAGAGACUCUGUCAGAGGAGGCUUCUCAGGAAGUCUCACUAAACCAGACCCUGGAGAAGGCAGCUAUAUUGCAACUUGGGACUCUGCUCACAGCAUUCCAUGAACUGGUGCAGACAGCACUGCCAUCCGGCAGCUGUGUGGACAGCCUGUUAAGGAACCUCAGCAAGAUCUACACUAUCCUUACAGCUCUUGUUAAAUAUUAUCUCCAGGUUUGCCGUACCUCAGGAGGAAUUCCUAACCGUAUGGAAAAACUGGUUAAGCUCUCAGGCUCCCAUCUGACACCACAAUGCUAUGCUUUCAUCUCUUAUGUGCAGAAUAUCCAGAAUGAAAGCCUAAGCGUUGCAGGAGAGAAGAAAAAAGAGAAAACUGCUGCAGUCACCACAGCCAUGGCUAGAGUUCUUCGAGAGACCAAACCAAUUCCUAACCUCAUCUUUGCCAUUGAGCAAUAUGAGAAAUUUCUCAUCCAUCUUUCUAAAAAGUCCAAGGUAAACCUAAUGCAGUACAUGAAACUCAGCACCUCAAGAGAUUUCAGAAUCAAUGGAGACAUCCUGGACACAGCUCUUCAGGAGCAAGAAACAGAUGAAGAGAAUGAAAGAAUGACAGAUCAGACUGUUGCAUCCGAACAGAGAAAAGAUGAUGAUAGUCAAGAACCAGCCAAGAAGAAAAGAAAAAAAAAAUGAAAUCCCUGAGUUGCUACAUACAUCACAAUUCUUAACUGCUUCAGGACCUAAAGCACCUUUAUUAACUUGCUUUGAAUCUACUGAAAUGAACAUUCAUUCUUCUUGGCAUGUCAGUAGAAUGCUUUAUCAAAUAGCAGCACAUAAACUCUAUAAAAAUGUCCUCUUUCUGGAGAAAUGACUUGGCCCAAGGCAAACUCUGUCCCCAAAAAGGGUGAACUAAGACUGUGAGAUAAGAGCCUUCCUCAGUAUUAAUGCUCCACAGGAGCAAAUGGGAUGCUUUCAGACCACACCAUUCUUCUAGGAUUAGCUUCUUUUCUCCAAGGAUCCUUUGGUGAGUUUAAUUAUUUGAUAAAUAUCCAAUGCUUCACCUGAAAGACAAUUAAAAUUGGUUAGUGGGACUUGUCUUGUGACUGGGUAAUGAUUGAGAAUGUUAAUUCCCAGAAACAGAGUUAUUCUAUCCAACAAGGCCUCUAUGACUAUAAUUUUUUUUUAAAUCCCUAUAACUCUUUAAGUUAACUUUAAUUCCAAUAUCUGCAUUCUAUGGAUAGAAAUAGAACAAUGUACUCACCUGAGGGGAUCCCAUAUUUCCUUUCUAGUCCAGUUGGGUUGGAAGGUGUUUUACAAUCCAUUGUCACUUCCUUCCUUAAGCACUGGUCAAUAUCGACUGCACUGAAAAAGGCCACAGACUGGGGCAAGUCGUUAAGACCUAAUUUAUAGGCAAACAUGCAUCUGAAAUAGACCAGAUAUGUUUUGCUAAGUGAACAGCUCCCACAGUCAAAGACUGACAGAUAAAAACACAUACUGUCUUAUUUUGUUCUCAAUCCUUUAGGUUAAAUUUAUAAUUUUCCACAGAAUCCUAUACCAACUAUCCAAAGGGCCUAACCACCCUAAAUUCCACUUUUCUGCUAGGCUGAAACCUACUUUGCAUGAACAUUUACAUAUGACAAAUUUUUUGCUUUUAAAGCAAAAAGCAAAUUUAAUACCGCAACAUUAGUGGGCAUUAUUUGAUCCUUGUUUAAUAAAAUUGUCACCCUACUAUUUUAAUCUUGGUAGAAACGAUCAUGAUAUCAAUACCAAAAACUCAAAGCACAGCACAAUUUUUUUUUAAUCUGUCAUCAGCUGAGACCAGCAAAGUUCCAGAAGUAUGUAUCAAUAUGUAAAUAAACUAAUUUUGUUCAGA